AUGGAGGAAAAAGACCACAUGACUGUAGACCAAGGCAUGCGGGUGGACUUACCCGCCAGCCCAGACAAAACAGGACAGAGUGACGGAACUCUACACACAGAACGUGGGACUGAACUUGCUUCUAGAGAGUCACCGAUCCAGGAGAGACUGUUGAGGCCCUCAGAACUGGAAGAGGGGACACUAUCCAGAGGGUCACCGAUCCAGGAGAGACUGUUGAAGCCCUCAGAACUAGAGGACCGGACUGCGAUAAAGGUGUCGCCCAUCCAAAAGAGACUGAUGGACUCACCAGAACUGACUGACAAAACUGAUGCUGGAGCCCAAAUACAGCAGAAAAACCCUACCAACCUUGACAUAGCUCACCUAGCGGACAAUCAGAAUGAUCAGGCAGACACUGACCUGACUGGACAGAGUAGGGCUGACCUGAUAGUCCCGGAUGGCCAAAACCGAAAUCCUGACGUACUGUUGACUGACGUCAUGCUUCUCCAACUCAAUGGAGAAGCAUGA